UUGCACAAACUGCUUGUUUUCUCUAGCAGAAAAUGUUUGGUGUGAUGAUUUCAAACACCUAGUCACGUAUGUGUCGACGUAUGACAUUGAAGUGCCGCGAGAACUUUAAAAAUCAAAAGUUGUGGAAUUGCUCCCGCGAUAAUAUGAUGUCAUACUGCGCAGCCGUCUGCGCAGCCACCCAACAAUGCAGGGGAAAUAGUGAAUUAUUUAUUAGUAUAUAUUUUUUAUUACAGUUAUUAAUUAGGUCGUAUUAUAUUUUAAUAAUUAAUAUUAAUAGUAUUGUUUUGUAUUUGUAUACUAUAAUGUUUUUGAAACUAACCAUAUAUUAAAGUAGGCUACAGUAAUUACUAUUCACUAUUAAAGAAUAUAUACAUCAGUAAGUAUAAUAAUUACUACUACAGUAAACUAUAAUUUACCACAGUUUAUAGUUUUACAGUAGCCUACAACUUUUCGUGUGUAAAAGCGAACACCUUAUAUUUAGGCUAUUUCACACGCUCGUCGAUACCGUGAGGAAAGGGGUGUGGCGUUAGUUCCCAUCACUUUAGGGUUUGACUGAAGUAUCUGAAUAUCACUGAAGAGGGAAGCCCAAUCCAUCCGUGGCUUUUACCAGCUUGUUUCUUGACGAAAAACUAACAAAUCAGAUUAGUUGUAGGCUAUUAAUUUUCUUUUGAAAGAAGAUAUAUUCCCCCUGGCGUUUGAUUUGUUUCUAUAUUUGGAAUUAAAUGGGAAGAGAAAGUUCGUGUAUUUGUGUCAGUAUAUUUAAUAAGUAGCUCGAGGCAUGACUGUUGUGAUUUGGACAAAGUCAUCGUGUCGUAGCUUAUAAACUAUUAUGAACGUCUCAUGAACUAUAUUCAUAAAACAAAUGUAGGAAACUUAAAAGUAGGUCAUUGUGUGUUUACGGUCCGGGCGAUAUUUUAUUUUGUUAAGGUAAGUCAUGCAGAAAGAGCAUUUGUUCAAAGUUCUCGUGAUCGGAGACCUCGGAGUUGGCAAAACGUCAAUAAUCAAACGAUACGUGCAUCAGAUAUUUUCGCAACAUUAUCGCGCAACUAUUGGUGUGGAUUUUGCUCUUAAAGUCCUGCAGUGGGAUGACCAGACUGUGAUCCGGCUUCAGCUAUGGGACAUAGCAGGACAGGAGCGCUAUGGGAACAUGACACGAAUUUACUAUCGGGAGGCCGUGGGAGCUCUCAUAGUAUUUGACGUGACCAGAGCCUCCACAUUUGAAGCAGUGCUGAAAUGGAAAGAUGACCUUGAUGUAAAGGUCACCCUCAGCAAUGGCAAGCCCGUCCCAGCCGUUCUUCUAGCCAACAAAUCCGACCAGUCACGUGAGGGACUGCGUGCCCAGAUCCCAAAGCUUGAUACUUUCUGCAAAGAGAAUGGAUUUGUGGGUUGGUUCGAGACCUCUGCUAAGGAGAACACAAACAUCGAGGCAGCAGCUAAAUGUCUGGUGGAGCAAAUUUUAGCCCAGGAGGAGAACAUCAUCAGCGACACAGACCCAGAUGUGGUGGCCCUCCCUGGCUACAACAAUAACACUAAAGAACGGGUCCGACCUGGGUGCGAGAUGUGCUCAAAAUUUUGAAUACAUGGAGUUGAUUGUGUAUUUAAGGACUUUAAGCCGCAAACAGUACAAUUUCUGUUUGACUGACAAGAAAUUAAACUACAUUUAUGCUGCACAAUAAUAUUAUGUGAUACACAGUAUAGCUGUGUGUUGUUUACAUGUGCACACUGCAAUUGCAUUCAAGCACAAUUACGUGGUCUGGUGCAUUUCUUACUGUUUUGUAUGUUUUGUAACAGCCUUAAAGCAGGUGGUCGAUGCAAAUGUUAAAUAUUUAUCAAAACUGGUGCUGAUUCAGUUAAAACGCUCUUUAAAAAUGAAGGUGCUAAUGGAUUCUUUGCGAGAUGCCAUAGAAGAACCACUUUUGGUUCUCUAAAGCAGUGGUUCUCAAACUUUUUUAGCGUGCGGCCCCCCUUGUGUACAGUGCAUUUCUUCGCGCCCCCUCCAAAGAAAAUUUAUGACAAAUUUGUUCUAAAAUGUAACAUUUUAACUAAACAAAACAUAUAAAAUUAUUCAAAGUAGUGCUGUUGGUUAGCAGCCUUAUAUUUUUUUUGCUGUAAUUACACAGAAUUCAUGAUAAAUUAAUGUAUUUUAUAAAAUCUCAUAAAACUGGGGCCCCGGCCCCCAGUUUGAGAACCACUGCUCUUAAGAACAUUUUAGUCAAAGGUUCUUGCAUUAAAGAACCUUUUUUUAUACAUUUUAUAGGCUGUAAAACCUUUAUCCACUACAAAGAACCUUUGAUGCAAUGUUAAUGUUUUAUGAAACCAUACAUCCUGAAAAAUAAUCUUUAUAUUUAAAAGUGUAAGAUUAAAAUCUAUUAUGUGAACACAGUAACUGGCUUUAUAUUUAGUGUGAUGCACAACUGUAACUAAAUACUACAUCUUGCAUUCCAAAUAAAACGCAGUAUUUCUCUUCUCUA